GUAUCUUCCAUUGUUUCAUUAAAAAAGAAUGGAGAUUCAACAUGCCAUCCAUCCCCACCCCUUGUCAUUGUCAUUCAUUGAUGAGGCGAAUACAAUGAGAUGGUGCACAGCAUGUGGGAGGAAAUUACCUGGUCCGACCUAUGGUUGCGAAUCUUGUUGUUUUUUUAUUCAUAAAUCUUGUCUUGGUGAGCACAAAGCAGAGGUUCAAUGUUUCUUUCAUCCAUGCCCUCUUAUCAUCUCCACUCCUACUACUGUUUCUUGUUUUGUUUGUUUUAAAUCUAUCACUUCAAAAUUUUCCUAUGAAUGCAAGUUAAAUUGUUUGUUCGAAACGCAUGUAGAAUGUGCCCUAAAGCCAAUCAUAGAAUAUUCAGAUGAGGAGUGCACCAUUCAACAUUUCACUCAUGCUCAUCCCUUAAAACUUGUUGAUUCCAACCAGAAAGAUGAAGUGAUCUGCUCCAUUUGUAAAGAGCUCUGCUCUUCUUCUUCUUCUUCUUCUUCUACAUACGGUUGCAUGGAAUGCAAGUUUUUCCUUCAUAAAUCUUGCAUGAAAAGCAUUCCGCGACAGUUGAGCAAUCAUCGCAUCCAUCCAUGCACUCUCAUAUUCAUCACAUGUCCUUACAGUGGUGUCGAAUGUGAUUGUUGUGGCGAAGAUAUUGUCCCCGGCAUGAAGUUCAGCUGUGGAGCAUGUGAUCUCGAUCUCCAUGUCAAAUGUGCCCUAUUUCCCACCACAGACUCUGAAGAUGCCAAAGAGAUCCAACAUUUCUGUCACCCGCAUACACUAGCUCUUGUGGAAAGCGAUGAAGAAUAUGGCAGCGAACGUCGUUGUGUAGCAUGUGCACAGAUUUGCUUAGCUCCCGCACCAACUUUCAGGUGUAGUAGAUCAUGCAGCCACUUCUUUUUACAUAAAUCAUGCUAUGUUAAAUUACCUUACAAAUAUUAUAAAAUUAAGCAUCCUUCUCAUCCCGACCACCCUCUCACCAUUACAUCCCUUCCAUACAAUGAUCAUAUCCGCACAUGUGAUGCAUGUUGCCGGGGCAUUGAUUCAACUCUCUUAGCAUAUAGCUGUCGAGAAUAUGAGUGCAAGUUUAACCUUCACUUGGAUUGUUAUAAGGUGCUAGCCUCUAUUAAGUUUAGUGGCCAUGAACACCUUCUCACUCUCCUUGAGAAAACACUCGAUCUUUCUUGCCAUCUUUGUGGUGUAAACUGCUGUAACUUCUUCCUUCGAUGUAUGCCAUGUGAUAUCAACAUCCAUCUCCAAUGUCUUCCUUCAGCACCUAAAACAAUAAAGCACAAAUCUCAUCUCCAUCCUUUAACUCUCACAAAGUCUCAUUUUGAGUAUGAGUUAAACUCAGAUGAAGAAGAGGAUGAAUUUUAUUGUGAUGAUUGUGAGCAAAAAAGAAGCCAAAAAGAGUUGGUUUACUAUUGUGUGGAGUGCAAAUUUAUUGCCGAAGUUAAGUGCGUGCUUGAUGAGGUGUUGCCAUUAAUUUAUAAGAAGAAUUUUUUUGAAAAAAAAAAUUCCAAAAGGUGAUGUGAGCCAAAAAGUUGAAUUUUAUCCAGAAAUUCAAAAAUGGCAUGUGGAAAACCUUCUACUAAAGCGCAUCAAAUUACAUGAAGGACAGCAAGUAUUAGAAGCAAAAAGGAAACAAUUAAACAGUGAAUUGAAUGAUGUGGAAAUGGAGAUAAUGAAGACAGAAGAUACAUUAGGCAAUCUAGUGGGAGGUAGCUCAGAACUGUUAAUUGAACUAGUUAAAAAUAACUCUCAAUUGCGAGAUUUGUUCAAUGAUGCCAAAAAUCAAGGUUUGAGCAUUGAACUGAAUUGAUAAAAAUAAUUAAAAAUAUUUGUAAAAAUAAAUAUGAAAAUAAUAUUCUAUAUUCUAUAUGUUUGCAAUGAUGAAUGUAUUUUUUAUUGUUUCAUUAAAAUAUAAUGGAGAUUCAACAUGUCAUCCAUAA